GGAGAGGUCCCUAGGGGCCCAAAGCAGGGAGUACUGGCAGCUCUGCCCCCACCCCAGGGUCAGGAAGGGGCUCCUUCUGGGAAGACCCAAGCCCUCAGGGCCGUUAGAAGAAGGGCUCUCCCACUCCCCAUCUGUCCACCUCUGCCACCAUCACUCAGAUCUCUUCUUUGCUCUCCGUCUCCCCGUGUGUUUGUCUCCUUCUCUGUAGGGCCGUCUCUAGGCCUGAGGUGCCUCCUGUGGGUCCUGGAGGAUGAACCAGCCACAGAGGAUGGCGCCCGUGGGCACAGACAAGGAGCUCAGUGAUCUCCUGGACUUCAGCAUGAUGUUCCCCCUGCCAGCGGCCCACGGCAAGGGCCGGCCCACCUCCCUGGCCGGCGCCCAGUUUGGAGGCUCAGGGCUGGAGGACCGGCCCAGCUCGGGCUCCUGGGCCACUGGUGACCAGAACAACUCCUCCUUUGACCCCAGCCGGACCUAUGGGGAUGGCACGCACUUCAGCGAGCCCCACGGCAGCCUGUCUUCAUCCACAUUCCUGGGUCCCGGGCUUGGAGGCAAGGGCAGCGAGAGGAGUACGUAUACCACCUUCGGGAGAGACGCGGGUGUUGGCGGCUUGAGUCAGGCCGGCUUCCCACCCAGCGAGCUGGCCCUCAGCAGCCCCGGGCCGCUGUCCCCUUCAGGCCCCAAGGCCGGCGUCCAGUAUUACUCCUACCCCAGCCACGCUCGGCGCAGAGCCGCGGAGAGCGGACUGGACUCGCAGCCCAAGAAGGUCCGGAAGGUGCCGCCGGGUCUCCCAUCCUCGGUGUACCCGUCCAGCUCAGGGGAGGACUACGGGAGGGACAGCACCGCCUAUGCACCUGCCAAGGCCCCCAGCAGCGCCUAUCCCCCCCCCUUUUACAUGGCAGAUGGCAGCCUGCACCCCGCGGCCGAGCUCUGGAGCCCCUCCGGCCAGGCGGGCUUUGGGCCGGUGCUGGCUGGGGCCUCGUCACCCCUGCCCCUCCCCCCAGGCAGUGGCGGCUCUGUCGGGGGCAGCGCGGGCUUCGGCAGCCUGCACCAGCACGAGCGCAUGGGCUACCAGCUGCACGGGACGGAGGUGAACGGCGGGCUCCCGGCCGCGUCCGGCUUCUCCUCAGCCCCCGCGGCCGCCUAUGGCGGCGUCUCCAGCCAUACGCCCCCCGUCAGCGGGGCCGACAGUCUCCUGGGCUCCCGCGGGACUACUGCUGGCAGCUCUGGGGAUGCCCUGGGGAAGGCAUUGGCCUCGAUCUACUCCCCGGAUCACUCAAGCAAUAACUUCUCCUCCAGCCCCUCGACCCCCGUGGGCUCCCCCCAGGGCCUCGCAGGGACAUCGCAGUGGCCCCGGCCAGGAGCCCCUGGUGCCUUAUCGCCUAGCUACGAUGGGGGUCUCCACAGCCUGCAGAACAAGAUGGAGGACCGCCUGGACGAGGCCAUCCACGUGCUGCGUAGCCACGCGGUGGGCGCCUCGGCGGAUGUCCACGGGCUGCUGCCCGGCCAUGGGGCUCUGGCCUCGGGCUUUACCGGCCCCGUCAUGCCACUGGGGGGCCGACACACAGGCCUGGUGGGAGGCGGCCCCUCGGAAGACAGCCUUGCGGGCAGUAGCAGCCUCCUGCACAACCACGUGGCCCUCCCCGGCCAGCCCGGCGCCCUCCCCGAGCUCGCUCGGCCACCGGACUCCUACAGCGGACUCGCGCGCGCCGGGGCGGUCUCGGGCGCCGGUGAGAUCAAACGGGAGGAGAAGGAGGACGAGGAGAACACAUCGGCGGCCGACAACUCUGAGGAGGAGAAGAAGGAGCUGAAGCCCCCGCGGCCUCGGACCAGCCCGGACGAGGACGAGGACGACCUUCUCCCCCCAGAGCAGAAGGCUGAGCGGGAGAAGGAGCGCCGGGUGGCCAAUAACGCGCGCGAGCGGCUGCGGGUCCGAGACAUCAAUGAGGCUUUUAAGGAGCUGGGGCGCAUGUGUCAGCUGCACCUCAACAGUGAGAAGCCCCAGACCAAACUGCUCAUCCUGCACCAGGCCGUGUCGGUCAUCCUGAACCUGGAGCAGCAGGUGCGAGAGCGUAACCUGAACCCUAAAGCGGCUUGCUUGAAGCGACGAGAAGAGGAGAAGGUGUCGGGCGUGGUCGGAGACCCCCAGAUGGUGCUUUCCGCCGCUCACCCGGGCCUGGGCGAGGCCCACAACCCCGCGGGGCACCUGUGAGGAGGGGGCGCGGCCCGGGGCCAGCGACCCAGCCCGGUCCCUGCCGGCAGCACGGCCCCCACCCUGGGCCUCACCGUCCC